UUGCAUUGCACCAAGUAGCUAUCAUACGCCUUGCCAAGCUCGGGGGGUAGACCUGAAACCUCGUGAAAUUUCCAGGUUCGCCCUUCAAAAUCAAACACUCUCAGGCUGCCUUCCAUGCCCAAGACAUACAACUUGCCAUUGUGGAGAAUUGGAGAGCAUUGGGAUAUAAAUCUUGAGGUUUGUUGUUCUACGCCAGAGAAAUCCUCCCAAGUCUCUUUUUUGCGAGUGAUGGUCAAAAUAUGAUUCCAAUCAUCACAAUCAACCCCGAAAACAACACAAUCCGGAGAGGUUGGUUUGGACAAGAAGAUUACACUUAUACUUAUGUCCAUUCCGCUUAUACAUGUGUCCUCAGGUCUGUCGGGCAAGUCCACUCUCUCAUUGGUGAAGGGGUUGACAAAGAAAGUUUCUUGAAUUCCUCUGCAAAACAGAAGCCAGCCGUUGUUGGAAUGUGCCAAACUUGCAAGGGAGAGCUCGGGGAUGUCAAUGCAGUGUGGGCCGUGGCCAUAAAUCGGGUGGAACAACUUCAACACAGUGCUGGUGUGAGUGUCUUUGUGGACAAGCCAUUGAGAUGGUACAACGGGACAGGUUAGGGGGUUGUGGUCUUUAGGAUCUUCAAGUGAGCCCCAAGUUUUGCACACUUUGUGAAAGAGUUUGGCAUCAUCAAGACAGAGAUGUUGUA